AUGGUGGCGACAACAGAUUGUGUAGAAAAGUCCAAACCCAUCGCUGGAAACAAGGUUUCCAAACCACUCAUGGAAAAGAAACGAAGAGCUCGCAUAAACAAGUGUUUGGACCAGUUAAAAUCUCUCCUGGAGAGCUACUACAGCACUAGUAUUCGAAAGCGGAAACUGGAAAAGGCUGACAUCCUGGAGCUUACUGUGAAACAUCUGAGGAACCUCCAAAAGAUCCAGAGCUUAGCCGCCGCUGCUUCGGAGUUUUCUGACUAUCAGAGUGGUUUCCGAAGCUGCCUGGCAAACGUCACCCAGUAUUUGCGGAUGGCAGACAACUUGACCGGGAGCGACCGCUGGAUGUUAUCGCAGCUCUCCAGUAAACUCCGCAGAUCUGGUGGACGAGAGGAAGUCUUCAGACGAGAGGAAGUCUUCAGCACCAUGGACAGCGGCCCGGAGCCAGCAGAGACAUCCGCAGCUGCACCUGAAGCAAGAAAAGCGACUCAAUCUAAAGCCCUGAACCCCCACAGUGCAGACGCGUCCUCCCUCUUACCGAGUGAAGACGCGUCUGUAACCAAACAGCUUGUCCCUGUGAAACAUACUCAUGAAAAAAGUCCCAGUAACAAGAUGGUUCACGCCGUCAGUCACAGGAAUGAUGUUGCAAACACUCAUCACAAUGUCUGGCGGCCUUGGUAG